AGACCCCCCCACCCCCUUGCCCCGGCGGUGUAAAGCCUAAUUAUAGCGCAAGCCAAUGAGCGGAGCGGCGGCUGCUCCCCUCCCAGCCCCGGCUGUGCGCUGAAGGCUGCUGGGCGGCAGGACGGCGACCACCUUCGGCAAUCCCGCAGUCGCUGGCGGCAGGGGAAGGGAAGGGGCUGCGGGGCGCCCGCGUUUCUCCGGCCGACUCGGGGCGUUCUCGCGCGCCCCUCGAGGGCUGCCAAGGGCCAGAAGAGCCCCCCACCCCGCUCCGGACUUGGCCCGCUGCUGCUGCUGCUUCUGCUGCUGCUGGGAGGGGAGGGGAGUGGAGGAGAGGGGAGGAAGCGCCGCCGCGCAGGGCAGAGCCCCAAGAGCGCAGAGGCGCGGGCAAGUUUGCUGGCUGGCAAGUUGGGCUCGCCUGCCGCCGGCCCGGGGUGCGUGAGUGAGCGUUGCGCUCGCCGGACUGCCCUCCGUCCCUGGUGGGGCAUGUGGAUAUGGCCGGUGACAGGAGCGCUGGGAUCUUGUGCCGGCGGCGCUUCGGGCUCCUGCUGCUGGCCACGGCGGCGGCCGGACUGUGCGGCGGGGUCUCUGGAGGCAAGAACCCCAGCUGCCACGAAGUGAGGACGGCGUUUCAGAUCCGGCAGAUCGGCCCGCUCAAGCUGGUGCCCGAUGUGCCCACGACCGAUUCCAACUUGCAGAUUUGCCAGCACAGAGCACCAACCUGUUGCACGAAGAAGAUGGAAGAAAGCUAUCAAGCGGCUGUUCGGAGGGAGAGAAUGGAGAACAUCCAGACUCUAAAUUUUGAACUGAAAUAUAUGAUUGUUGGUCACAUCACAGCUUUUCAAGCAACCUUUGAGUCAUUGCUUCGCUUGGCUGAGAACCACACAACUUCUCUGUUUGAGACUGUCUACAGAUCCAUGUCAAAGGAGGCAGUUGAACCUGUCAAAGAGCUGUUUACCGACAUCUCUCUCUACCUCUUGGGUGCUCAGACCACAGUGGAAAGUGCAUUUUCCCGGUUCUUUGACAGCCUCUUCCCUUUGGUUUACAGCCGCCUAAUUAACCCAGGAAUUACAGAUUUGUCAGAAGAGUAUACAGAGUGCCUGAGGCUAACUCGGCAAGAUAUCAACCCGUUUGGACGGUAUUCGAAAGAAGCCGUAACAGAGCUGGCAAAGUCUCUCUGGGCAAGCAGAAUGUUUAAUCAGGCCCUUGUGAUGGGCAUUGAAGUGCUGAAUGCUACUGAGCAUGCCACUUUGACAAAGGAAUGUAGCCGAGCACUAGUGAAGAUGCAAUAUUGCCCUCAUUGCCAAGGCCUCACGCUCAUCAGACCUUGUGAAGGAUAUUGUUUAAAUGUUAUGAGGGGAUGUUUUGCUAGUGUAUCAGAACUAGAUGCACAGUGGAGGGAAUACAUUUAUACCCUGGAAUAUCUCACUAAUGAAAUGGCUGGAUCUCAUGAUUUGGAACUGGCACUGGUGGGUAUUCGGUCCUCCAUCAAUGAGGCCAUCUUGUAUUCACAACUGAAUGGACCACAGCUCUCUGCUACUGUUGAUAAAGUAUGUGGACAUCCUGAAGAAAGAGAAAUGAAACCUUCACCAGAUAAUAUAAUACAAGCGAAAGAGAUAUCUGAAACACAGUCUCUUACAAUGGCACAUUCCUCUGUUCUAAACAAUAAAAGGAGUUCUCUGCCUCUGAAAGCUUCAAAGAAUGACAAAUCCAGAAGUUUGAAAAAAAUGUCCCGGGAGUUCAUCAACUACAUGAAACGAUCCAGAACUCUUUAUGCUUCUUUAACGGAGCGACUCUGUGAUGGGGAUCUAGUGAUGAAAGACAGCUCAACUUGCUGGAACGGAGAGGAUGUUGUAGAAAGCUAUACAAGCAGAGUGGUCACCAAUGGCCUGAAGUCACAAAUUAAUAAUCCAGAACUGAAAGUCAGAGCACUGGACCCCCACAUCCGCAUCUUAAUUGAUAAACUACAACAUUUUAAUCAGCUGGAGAGUGACAAGACAAAUUUAAAGUCUGAAAGAUGGGCAUCUCGGGAAAGUGGCAGUGGAGAUGGAAGACGUGAAGAGAUGGAAUCCAGUGGAGAGUGUGAUGAUGAAGAUGGGUGCCAAGGAUCAGGUGAAAAGAGCCGCACAACAGAUGAUCUCAGAACUAAUUCAGGAGAUAGGAAUGAAUCUGAUGCAACGGCGAAAAAGGCAGAUUCCACAGACACCAUUAUUGUAAAAUUGUCUCCUAAAGAGAACAAGGGCAAUCAAGCUAUGGACAAUCGAGUUUCAACCAGCUUGCUCUUCACUGUCACAGCCAUAGCAGUUUUGUGGCACUCCUUGUUAUAGCUGCAUUACAUUGCAUUAACUGUGCAAGAAUUUCUGCUCACUGUCAUUUUAUACCUACAGCCUUACCCAAGUGAAAGCAAAGUUAAAUGGCUCUCUAAAUGGUGCACUCUAGUAUUAUUGGUAUAUUAGUAGAAGUGCUAAACAUUAGUCUGGGACUGGCUAACAGAAAGCAUUGGUGUGUACAUGACGUCUGGCGAUGGCUCUUGAGAGCAUUUUAUCUACUCAAGAUGCAAAAAGAAUGAACACAGAAACCCUGAGUAGAUUAAGUUAUUGUAAUAGAUGCAAUUAAGAAUGUUCAAGUUGUAAAUUAAUAUGUUGGAAUUUUCCCCUUUUUACUCAUUGGCUAAUGGACUGUUGUCUAUUUGUCUGUUCUUUUACAUGAGUUCUUUUGAAUAAUCCAUUUCCAGGAGCAGUUCAAUAGUAAGUUAUAUCUCUAGGGAUCAGCCACUAUAUGUUAUAGCACUAUCUACCAGUUGGAUAAAAUUCCUAAGUGGUAAAAGAAGAUUGUAGCAUGUUUGAAUCUCUUGGUUUUUUUCCCUCCCAUUCUUAAUGUUUAGAACAUAGAAAGCAAUAUAACAAGCAUAUGCUGUGUCUAAUGUAUCGAUAUAGUUGCCUUAACCAUUUAGGAAAAAAAUGUAGAAACACUCCCUGAUUAUUUUGAAACAAGAAAAUAUUUCCUUUCCCGUGUAUUUCAUUGCCAUAUGCUUAAGAUUAUGUGAAUGUCUUACAAAUGAAGGGGGGGGGGUAUAAGAAUGGAGAACCUCAUCCAGAGCUUAAAGAUGCACCUCUGAGGAGGGAAGUGAGCAACCACUCCCUCAGUCCCAUCACAAAUAGGUGGUCAGAAUCACCACAGCUGACAGAGCUGCCACCUGUUUUGUGAGUGUGUGCUCUCUGCAGUCCAGCAAUACCCAGGCUUCUGGCAUUGUCCAGACAAGGAUCUGGAUUAGUAUUGUCCUUGUUGAACUGAAACAAAUGUUUAUAUCUGUCUCUCAGAGAGGUAAUAGUUACUCCUUUAAUGAAGAGGGAUACUGAUGAACUGUAGAUCUGUGAAUUACAGUGUGGCCUAUAUUCAAAGAUUAUUUAAAUUACAAUUAAUUUUUAUUGUGCUAUGAUAGGAAAAAUAAAUAUGAAAGAAACAUGACCUUCAAAUGGGGAAAAUCAGUUGUUUGCUAUUUUCUCUUUCACUAAUAUUUUAAUUUUUCCCAUCCUAUUUUAAAGAGGGUUUUUUAUUUAAUAAGUGAAAUCAGUGUGUUUUACAGAAAGACAAGGAGGUGCAAUUUCACCAUUAGAUGGGAGAGAACUAAUACGUAUAUAUUUUUGACAACUGUUUUUACAAUGCCACUGAAAAUCAAUACAAUCUGAGUGGAAUCAGUGGUGAUAACAGUCAUGUCUCAGAUUUAUAUUUACUAACAAAGCGAAUCAUUCAUAUGAGUAGCUGUUUUCGUGAUACAGAAUACUACAAUGUACAGUUUUAUAAGAUAUAAUGUAAAAUAUUUGCCUUUAACUUGUGCAUGUGUCAUGUGUGUAAAAAACAGAUCUUUUAGCAAUUUGAUUCACAUAAAAGACAUAUUCACCCUAGCACUCCAAAUCUUGUAAGCAAUUAUAUUUAGAAUUGAAAUACACAACUAGGCAGUUGUUCCUUGCUGCAGAAGUUCUGAUGUGCACACAAAUGAGGACUUUUCCAGUGGAAUAUUCAGUGGCAUACUCAAUAAAGCAUUCCCCAUAUGUGUGGCAUUCCACAAUGGCAGAAUGUCCAGAUCCUUACAUAAAACUGAACACUGCCUUUAGCCUCUUAUUGUGCUGUUCAUUAUUACAACUCUGGAGAUGUUGUGUCCUUUUUAAAGAAAGGGGAUGAUCUAGCAAAAUUCAAGCAUUUUUAUGUUCUGUUAUUUCAGUAGAAGAAUUAAGUGUGCUUUUCACUUUUCCCAUUGAAAUUAAUACGCCUUAGAAACAUUUACCUUUCACUAACGUGCCCUGUAUUGUAAUCUUCCAGAAGAUUGAUAGGAAAUAUAAGGUAAUAAAUUGAAGAAGCUUGGAAAAUAAACAGCAAAUUACAACCGCCA